AUGCUUCUUUUUACAAUUCUUUUCACUGCUUUUUUGGCACUGACCAAUGCCGGAACAUGUGAUGAGGCUGUCCCUGUCACAGCAUUCCCAUACUCCGUAAAAGGUGUUCUCAACUCAGCACUAGCUGAUUCCACGUAUGUUGAUAAGUCUGGUGCAACCGUCACUGUGAAAGCCAUUUGGUACAAAGUAACAGUGACUGAAGACACAACAGCUUGGGUCUCCACGUGUCACCCUUCGACGACGGUGAAUACAAAGAUCAUUUCAUAUGGUGCGUGUUCUGAAAGUACUGCAACAAAUUAUUUAGAUGAGAAUGAUGACUUUGAGAAUUGUGGUACCAAGUCUCGAAUAGCCAUCAAAUUUACUAAAAACAAAGCCCAAUUUGUUGGUGUGUUUUCUCCGGAUGGGACUGAAGGAAAUUAUAUGAUAGUCUUUGAGAGUUACACACAGACUAAUAUCAAUUGUAUGGCCGCAACCCCCGUCACUCUCCCAGUAGUAGUAGAAGGGACCACUGCCAAUGGUGAGGAAGUGACAUUAAGUUGUACCCCAUAUAGUGGAAGAAAGGGGUUGUGGUAUAGUUUUAAAGGUACUGGAGAGGCUGUAGUAGUAGACAAUUGUGGGUCUAACAUACCAUUUGAUAUUCAAUUAAUAAUACUUGAAGGGAAUGCUGUAGGGGAUUGUUCUUCGAUAGAUUGUUAUGCAAAUAAUGAUGGGGGAUGUCCUGAUAACACGUACUCUGCUCGAGUGUACUUCAAGACAGUGGUCAAUCAAAAUUAUUUGGUCUUCAUCACAUCUUACUUCUUGGAUGAAGGAUCAUUCCAAGUCAAUUUAAGAACUAUUUCACAGGCUAUUCCUACAAUAUGUGAACAAGCAGUCACAUUGUCAUCAUUCCCUGUCACACGAAGUGCACAAUUUAAUGCAAGUUGGACAAAGACGGUUGACUCGUGCACCGAAGAAGCUGAAAAACACUAUGCUGCUUAUUUUGUGUUUAAGGGACUUGGGGCAAAUAUGGUGAUGCACACAUGUAGAAGCGCAUCUGGGAAGACUCGAAUUGAAGUUUUGAAUAAUUGUGAAGAGAGUAUGUGUGUUGUAUCAUCUACUGUAACAUGUGGUGAUCAAGCGUAUUUAGAGUUAAUGGCGAAGAAUGGCCAAGAGUAUUUCAUUCGAGUCGUCUGUUUAAGUGAUGUUUGUGACACUACAUUCACAAUUGGGUAUUCUUCUAUGAGUAAACAUGAUAUGUGUCAAGAUGCCAUGUUAGUUACUGCAUCGACAACGCAAUCAGUAUUAGCUGAGACGUUAGAUACAUGCACACAUGGAUGCAGUUACACAUCUACUGAAGGGAAAGGGUUGUGGUACAAAUUUAUAGGGACAACUGCAUUACCGAAUAAGGCUGGGUAUAACAUCUUAACAUCGGAUGCACAAGGAAUGUCUAUUAACAAGAUUGAAGUGUAUCAAGAGUGUGACACAUAUGUAUGUACCGCGCAGCAAGUAGGUAAUGUCGUCAUAGGUAUUGAAGAGAGUGCUUAUGCGUUUGCCGAUAUUGGCACAAGUGAGUCCAUGCACGUGCAGAUAGUUGUCGAAGACAAAGUGCAACACGACACAUGUGCGAAUGCCAAGAACAUUCAAAUUCCCUUCUCGACACUCGAUUGGAACUUAGGAGCUUCAACUUCAAAGAAUUUGUUUUGUUCUAAAACGGAGUCUGAAGGGACUUGGUACACCUUUUCUGUUGAAUCACGAGCUACUUUGUUUGUGAGUACAUGUACACAAACAUUGCUUUAUCCCUCUUAUUUAGCUGUUGGAAGUGGGUCAUGUUCAGAGAUGUUAUGUAUGGGGGAAGCCGACCCAUCUUUAAUUGGAUGUAUGAGUGGUGGCACUGCUUUAUUGUCUGUCGCUCCACAGAACAAGUAUUAUGUUUUUGUAGGGAGUCAAAACACAAAUGUAUAUGGUCAGUUCAAUUUGAAGAUGUACACCAACGACCCUCCAGAGUCAUCCAAAUGUAACAACGCUAUCGUUUUAAACAUGAAAGAGAAAUUCAUUCGCUUGACGACAUAUAACAGAUAUAGUUACAGAACUUAUGUCAAGUUCCUUGAUGGAAAAUCAAGAGAAGUAAGAGGAACGUACUUUGUCAUCAAUGAAGGCUAUUCUGGUAAAGUCCUUUUCAUGACUUGUGCUACUGGAACAACAAUCCCGUCCUUCAUUUCUACUCACAACGCUUGUAGAGGUAACAUCCAAAGUAAUUACAGUUUCCCGUCAGACAUUGUCAGUUCAAAAUAUGCAGAUUACCAGUCUAACGUCUGUGGAAACAUGGGGUCUAAAUUACAAGUCGACGUCGAUGGACUGAACCCAACUUUAGUCUUUGUCGCAGGAUAUAACACGGACGACUAUGGGUUCAUCGACGUUGAAAUUUUGUUGCGAGUCACUCCACUCCCAACAACGUCUUCAAGUGAACCUGUAGAGUCUUCAAGUCACCCGUCGCAGUCUUCUGAGGCACAUUCUUCUAAUACCAGUGACAGUGAUGAAGAUAACAAUGGACUCAGUGGGGGACAAAUAGCUGGAAUUGUUAUUGGAGUGAUCAUUUUUGUCGCGGUAUCUGCCCUCUUAAUCGGUGUCGUAGUCUUUGUAGUGAUUAAAGCCACCAACGCUGCAAAAUAUCAAGCUCUCGAUUAA